AGAACACACACAGGAGAGAAGCCUUUCUUCUGCCCUGACUGUGGAACUAGUUUCUCUCAUCUUUCCCACUUAAAAUCACAUGAACGUAUACAUAAAGGGGAGAAGACAUACUCCUGCUCUGACUGUGGAAAAUGUUUUAAAACAUCAAAUGAACUGAAAAUUCAUCAGAGGACUCACACAGGAGAGAAGCCUUUCUUCUGCUCUGACUGUGGGGUGAGUUUCUCUCAUCUGGGCACCUUAAAAACACACCAACUUAUACACACCGGAGAGAAGCCGUACUCCUGCUCUGACUGUGGAAAACGUUUUAAAACAUCAACUCAGCUAAAAGGUCAUCAGAUGACUCACACAGGAGAGAAGCCCUACGUCUGCUCUGACUGUGGAAAACGUUUUAAAACAUCCACUGAGCUAAAAGUUAAUCAGAGAACACACACAGGAGAGAAGCUGUAUUACUGCUCUGACUGUGGAACUAGUUUCUCAAAAUUUUCCCACUUAAAAACACAUGAACGUAUACAUACAGGAGAGAAGCCUUAUGUCUGCUCUGACUGUGGAAAACGUUUUAAAACAUCAACUCAGCUAAAAGUUCAUCAGAGAACACACACAGGAGAGAAGCCUUUCUUCUGCCCUGACUGUGGAACUAGUUUCUCUCAACUUUUCAACUUAAAAUCACAUGAACGUAUACAUACAGGGGAGAAGCCAUACUCCUGCUCUGACUGUGGAAAAUGUUUUAAAACAUCAAAUGAGCUAAAAGUUCACCAGAGAACACAUACAGGAGAAAAGCUUUAAUCCUGUUCUGACUGUGGGUGAGUUUCUCUCGACUGGAUACCUUAAAAACACCAACAUAUACAUGAAGGAGAGAAGCCAUACUCCUGCUCUGCCUGUGUAAAAUGCUUCAAAACAGCAACUGAGCUAAACGUUGAUCAGAGAACACGCGCAUGAGAGAAGCCUGCUUACGUCUUCUCUGACUUUUGGGUGAGUUUCUCUCACCAUAGCAACUUAACACACCAAUGUAUACACACAGGGGAGAAGCCUUACUCCUGCUCUGUGGAGGGGUGCGCGUGUAAGUCAAACAUCUAGCCAAAGGCUGCGUGUUUGAAUCUCAUCAAGGAGGACUUUAGCAUUUUAGCUAAUUAGCAACUUUGCAACUUCUUACUACUUUUUAGC